AUGUCUCCAAGCUCAAUUGAAACCCCAAAGCUAGACCAGGAGCGGGACAUGGAAAAAGAGGCGCCUACACCUCAAUGGGAUGGUGAUGAACAGACCUCGAGCCACGGGGACGGGAGCGAUCAAGACCAGACCGACACACUGCGAGCCGAAUCGCCGCAGCCUCCCAAUGACAGACCAGAGUCGCUUUCGCGGGUCGCUUCGUUGGGCGGAGCUGUCCUUCGCACCUUUAGUCGUGUGAGCUCAACGAUCCAACCCGGACCGCCUCCAGAUGGUGGCCUCCAAGCGUGGCUGCAAGUUCUGGGCUGUCACCUGGUCGUCAUGAACACCUGGGGCUUCGUCAACUCGUUUGGUGUCUUUCAGCUCUACUACAAGACCUUUCUUGACCACCCGCCAUCGGACAUUUCGUGGAUCGGAUCUCUGCAGACGUUCCUGCUCUUCUUUAUUGGGACUUUUGCUGGACGCGUCACAGACGCUGGCUACUUUCGACACGUCUUUCUCGUCGGCGCCGUGUUCCAGCUUGUCGGCAUCUACACUGCCUCCGUGGCCACGAGCUACUGGCAACUCCUUCUUGCACACGGCAUAUGCAUCGGAAUCGGCAAUGGCUGCAUCUUUACCCCCGCUCUCACAAUUGUGUCGACAUACUUUAGCAAGAAGCGCUCGAUAGCAAUCGGCAUGAGUGCCUGUGGGAGCGUCACAGGAGGUGUCGUAUUUCCCAUCAUGGCGCGGCAGCUGCUGCCAUCGGCCGGAUUCCCAUGGACAAUGCGCGCCAUCGGCUUUAUCCUUCUUGCAAACCUCGUCGCGUGUUUCCUGAUUAUUAAACCGAGACUUCCUCCGCGAGACACGGGCGCGUUGAUUGAGUGGGCGGCAUUCAAAGACGCGGCAUACAGUUUCUAUGCAGCCGGAGCCUUUUUGUCUUUAUGGGGCGUCUAUGGCGCCUUCUACUUCCUCGCCUCGUUUGCUCGUGACAUUGUUGAGCCGGCUUUCAGCACGCUUGAGUCGCUUAAUCUCCUGAUCUUGCUCAACGCCGUCGGCAUCAUCGGCCGCACGAUACCCAACUUGCUCGCCGACCGCUUUGGCCCGAUCAACAUGUUUGUACCCGUCGCGUUCACCGCCGGCCUGCUGUCAUUCUGUUGGAUUGCCGUCGAAACCCCAACGGGAUUAUGGGUAUGGACGGCAUUCUACGGCAUCUUUGGAGGCGGCAUCCAGAGCUUGUUCCCUGCGGGACUGAGUUCGUUGACGACGGACCUGGGCAAGGCGGGCAUCCGUAUCGGCAUGGUGUUGACCAUUGUGAGCUUCGCGGUGUUGACGGGACCGCCUAUUCAGGGAGCGAUUAUUACGACCAUGGAUGGGAAAUAUUAUGGCGCCCAGGCGUUUUCAGGCGCGUCGUUGAUGCUGGGUACGGGUUGCUUUGUUGGUGCUAGAAUGGCAAAGACGAGAAAGAUUGGCGGCUGGAAAGCUUGA